UUACUAUUCUAGUGAAUCGGCAAAAUAAUUAAAAAAAAGGUUGGAGAGAGAGAGAGAGAGCAACGCGGCGUCUGCCGCAUCUCCCGGUUUUACAGUAUGCAAGAUUAGAGGGCGCAUUAUUAUUGUGUCUAGUGUCUCCUUGUUCGUGUUAGGUAGAAACAAAAGCGCAAAAAUGAGUAAUUCAACUAUUUCGGAUCAAUCGCUGAUGGACAAAUCGAUGCGGAGUGUUUUCGUCGGGAAUAUCCCGUACGAGGCUACAGAGGAGAAUCUGAAGGAUAUCUUUAGCGAGGUUGGGCCGGUGCUCUCGUUCAAAUUAGUAUUUGAUCGUGAGACAGGCAAGCCCAAAGGAUAUGGAUUCUGUGAAUACAAAGAUCAAGAGACAGCUCUAAGUGCUAUGAGAAAUCUGAAUGGAUAUGAAAUUGGUGGACGAACAUUACGUGUGGACAAUGCUUGUACGGAGAAAAGUCGUAUGGAGAUGCAAAGUCUUCUGCAGGGACAGAACACAGAGAAUCCUUAUGGGGAGGCUGUUCAAUCAGACAAGGCACCAGAGGCAAUAAGUAAAGCCGUGGCAUCUUUACCACCAGAGCAGAUGUUUGAGCUGAUGAAACAGAUGAAGCUCUGUGUGCAAAAUAAUCCAAACGAGGCACGUCAGAUGCUCCUGCAGAAUCCUCAGCUGGCAUACGCUCUGCUCCAAGCACAAGUGGUCAUGAGAAUAGUCGAUCCACACACAGCUGUCAGUAUGUUGCACAAGGCCAAUCCUAUCCCAGGUGUAUUGACACCAUCCGAGAAACCUAUUCCACAGAUACAACCGAAAAUUGAGGAACCAUGGGCACCGCGACCCCCGCCACCUGUUAACGCCCCAGCGUCCAUUUUUGCUGGUCAGGACGUAGAUCUCCGAUUGAACAGGCAGAUAAAUCCGCGUGUAGCUAUGGAUCAAGAUUCGAGAGGAUCACUGGACAAGGAAUUUAAAUUUGACAUUCAAUCCGUAAAAACAGGUCAGGAUGUAGAUCUUCGACUAGACAGACAAAUAGAUCCGCGUGUAGCUAGGAUGGAUCAAGAUUUAAGAGGAUCGCCUCAAACGCAACCUGCGCCGGUCAGCGCACCGUCGGUGUUGCCGGUUACCGCCGAUCCAAGGGGGGCAAACGUGUUUAACGUCACGGACAACAUUCUUCCUGUGGAAGGAAUCGAAAGCUUCUACCGUGAUCCGAGAUCCGAGAGAUUUGGCAGAGAUUCGAGAGAUCUUAGGGAUUCCCGAAUGCCCAUCGAUCCUAGGAUUACUAAACCUAAUCCGACUCCUGUUGCUCCACCGAUCGUUCCAAGACCGGUUGCUGCACCAACUGUACCAGCACCGAGUGUCGUAACUAGCAAUACAACCGGCUCCUCUGCUGCGCUUUCGCAGUCUGCGAGUUCUGCAACUUCAAGGCUAGUGGCCGGAAUGUCUCCAGCGGGAAAUAUUCCUAGUGGUGCGUCCGAUCAGGAGAAGGCGGCCUUGAUAAUGCAAGUGUUGCAAUUAUCUGACGAGCAAAUUGCAAUGCUUCCGCCUGAGCAGAGGCAAAGUAUCUUAGUGUUAAAGGAACAGAUUGCGAAGAGUACACAACGUUAGUAUAAGAGAGAUAAUAUAAAAAAUCUCUAAACCUAAUACAGCAAAACGUGAUAUACGAUCGCUGCAUUUCUAUAAAAAUAAGAUUUUACAACGCUUCUCUUAUAAAUCAUAACCUAUUUAUACAUACACAAAAUAAACUAUCCAUGGUUAUGAAUUUUUUCUCGACUUACUUAAAUCAUACAAAUCUUAUGAAAUAAAUGCAUGUGACUUAAGUAAAAUUGGAAAAUAACUAUUAUUGAUCAUCAGUCUUCUUUGAGUCUUUAAGUUGAUAAAAACCUUCUUCUAUUAAAUGAGCAUAAAAAAGUUCUUGGCAUGUUUUGUCCUUAUAUAUCUCGACCACAAGAUUAUUUCCAUCGUUAAUGUCCUGCAAUGAUAAUUAAUGUAUUUUCAUAUGACUUUUAAAUAAAUAAGUUCUAAAUA